AUGGCGAUGUUUCCGUUGAACCUGAAAUGCUCCGCUGUGAUUAUAAUGGUGUCAGCACUUCUGGUCGCUGUCGCCUUUGCUAUUGGUCAUGACGCCUUUUAUCAGAGUUUGCAUGGAAAACCCGUCCUAAACGCCCAGCCGAUCGCGUUGAGUUCCUCUUUAAAUGUAUCCGACCAGCAAGUGUAUCUGUCUCUCGGUACAUUAUUUGCCUUCUUAGUGAAAAUUUCCCUAGGAGUGGCGGUCUCAACGGUCUUCGAUCAAUUUGUUUGGAAGUCCAUUCAAACCCAAAGAACUCGAAUCGGUGUCAUCGACGAUCUACUCUUGGUUCUUAAGAAUGGCUUUACAGUUCUCAAUCUACAAUUAUGGAAACGCUCCCCGAUCAGCAUGACUCUUGCUUUAAUUUGUUGGCUUCUUCCUGUGGUGUCGAUGAUAUCGCCUGCUACGCUAAGCGUGAAUUUGGCUUCUUUCGAUGAGUAUGCAUUAAAAAGAAUCCCUCGUGUCGAUUUUACGAGCGCGAGGUUUGCUACGUUUGUUUCUGGCGCCAUCUCAACUACAAACCAAAGUACGCAGAAGCUGUGGAUUAGCGCGUAUAGGGAUCCUGCGCCAGAAACUCAAAGGGUUGUUAAUAGUGUCGCGACACAAGGUACAAUCUUGCCAAUAGAGCCCCCAGCUGUCAACUCGUCCUGGUCAGUGGAGUUUCAUGGUCCUGCCAUGGUUUGUGACAAAGUGAACCAGUCCGUCACCGCUUAUAUCACUCAAAAUGUUGCCCAAGCCAUCAACGGAUCUCAGGAGCAUUCGCCAGAAAAUGUAACCUUCGCCUACUACUCCUUGACCAGGUACGGAUAUCUUUCUUGGGCACCUGAGGCAGAUAAUCUGAUUGAUUCUACUCCUUUCGUUCAAAAUGGGAGUGGUACCUUCACCCAACGGUUGAGCAGUCUCGGUCCUAUUCCCAGUGAUCCAGAGAAUGGCAGUAGGAUAUACUCCACUCCAAAACAGCCUAUGAUUAACUGGAGACCUCUAUCUCUGUUUGUUGCUAUCUUUCCCCAUUCUAUGGAGACUCCCAAAUAUAAUGAUAUCCCGGAAAACGUGGCCGCAGCUGUACAAAAUUCAACUAUUUUACACUGUGCGCUCCACAAUGCGUCGUACCAGGCCAAUCUUACCUACAUCAAUGGAGACCAGACUAUCCAUGUGACAGACAAAACAGUUCUCAACGGAAUUUCCUACCUGCACGGAGUGACCAACCACGACGGGCCUAUUUGGUCUUCAAAUACUUCGUUUAUGCACAACCCUCGGGUCAUGGAGUCUCUGUCUUAUCAGUCCAUAAUGGACGCAUUUGGGAAACUUUUAUUUGGAUCGAUUCGUACCAAUAUGACCCAUUACAACUACCAGGGAGACGGUCCCAAAGGGAACGUCGUGAAUUCAAUGACACAGGACACCAAUAUCCUAUCAACAACAUUGAUGGAUACAGAGGAGAUGAGCAUCUUUCCAUCUAUCGCAGGCUCGGAGUCUAAUCCAUUUACGGAGUAUUGGGAGGAGAGAUCUAUCAGUCUCCCAAGGCAUUCUUCUCGAUUAUCAAACACUCUCGAAGAACUUUUCCAGAACAUCACGUUUUCGCUCAUGAGCUCCAAAAUGUUCCAGCCAAACUACACAGUACAGGCGGUGCCAAACACGAAUGUGACCAUCACCUCGUACCGCAACAUCUAUGUCUACACCCGAUCGAUUCUUUGGGCCGCCUACGGCACUGCACUUGGUGUCACUGUGCUUUGUGUUAUUGCAGGCAUCCUCUUGUACCUCUCAGCCGAUGGCUCGUACACCAGCAAAUUCUCGACGAUAUUCAGGGUCACCCAGGGCGCGAUGGUCUCUAUAGACCUCAGCAAGAAAGAUUACAGUGGCCUUGACCCACUUCCGGACCACAUUGCGAAUGCGCAAAUGACAACCGGCUAUAACGAAGACUAUCCCGCUAAAAUGUCAUCUGCAACUCCUCUGGGUCAUCCUCACCGAGAACCAGCGGCCUCUAGUCAACUACUUGAGACUACAUCCGAUGAAGGUGUUCAUAAGUGA